AAAAUUCUCAAAAACCUAAUGUUUUCUUUCACCAUAAACCCUAAAAAACGAUGAACGACAACGACGAUCAGAUGACAAUGGAAGACCAAUCUCAACCUUCAGAAAGUUCUCAAGUUAUUCAAACAUUAGCUGCAGGUCCUCUUUCUUCCUCUCUUUCUUCACUCUCUUCCUCUUCUCGAAUCCUCCCUUCCAAUCAAGACUUUCAUUUCUUCAACAACUUCAAUGAUUUCAAGCUUCCGAUCGAUCAAAUUGCCAAAAUAUCAGAUUCUUUGCUUGAAUCCAUUGGCGCAUCGGCUAAAACCUGGGGCGCUAACAAGGUGAUCAAUUUCCCUAACAAUAUUGAAAGUAUAGUCGAUGAUGAAGCUUAUGAUUGGCUCGUUGAUAUCAACGAUGAAAUUUGGGAACGAUUCGACGUUUCCAUGGACGAGUUUCAAAAGAUUCGAAAGAAAGAAGAGGCGACGGGUCGGUUCAUAGGGUCGGUUCCGGAUAAUAUUGGGUUUCAGCUGGUUUACGGGAAGAAGAAGAAGAAGGUGGAUGGUGGGUUAAUGAGUGACUCGGCUAGAGUGUCAGUGAGUGGGAACGAAGGUGGGGGUUCGAGUUCUUCUGGAGUAAAGGUGAAGCAAGGGGCGUUGGCUACAGGGACGACAGGGAAAGCGAAGGUGCCAUUUCAUAUACCAACGAUACGGAAGCCUCAGGAAGAGUAUAAUAUACUUGUCAAUAAUUCGAAUCAGCCUUUCGAACAUGUUUGGUUGCAGAGGAGCGAAGAUGGGCAGCGUUUUGUUCAUCCACUGGAAAAGCUCUCUGUUAUGGAUCUUGUCGAUAAAGAUAUAGCAUAUAUUGAGCCUGUUAAACCCCCAUCAAUCAAGUCUACGUCAUUCAAGCUGGUUGAGGAAGUAAAAGAUUUGAAGGAUUUAGCAGCGAAGUUGCGCAGUGUGCAGGAGUUUGCGGUUGAUUUGGAGCAUAACCAAUAUCGAUCUUUUCAAGGACUAACUUGCUUGAUACAAAUUUCUACCAGAACUGAGGAUUUUAUUGUAGAUACUUUGAAGCUUCGGAUUCAUGUUGGCCCAUAUCUCAGGGAAGUUUUCAAGGACCCCACCAAGAAAAAGGUUAUGCAUGGAGCAGACAGGGAUAUUGUUUGGCUGCAACGAGACUUUGGCAUAUAUGUGUGCAAUCUCUUUGACACUGGACAGGCUUCAAGGGUCUUGAAAUUGGAAAGAAAUAGUUUGGAGCACCUUCUGCAGCAUUUUUGUGGAGUUACAGCCAACAAAGAGUACCAGAAUGCAGAUUGGAGAUUGCGUCCUAUUCCUGAUGAAAUGCUCAGAUAUGCUAGAGAAGACACUCACUACCUGCUGUACAUUUAUGAUUUAAUGAGAAUCAAAUUGCUAUCAAUGCCCAAGGAAGGUGAACAUUUAGAUGCUCCUUUGGUAGAGGUCUACAAGCGAAGUUUUGAAGUAUGUAUGCAACUGUAUGAGAAAGAGAUCCUGACAGAGAAUUCAUAUCUCCAUAUAUAUGGGUUGCAGGUGGCUGGUUUCAACUCUGAGCAGCUAGCAAUUGUUGCUGGGCUUUGUGAAUGGCGAGACAAUAUUGCCCGUGUAGAGGAUGAAAGUACUGGUUACGUAUUGCCAAACAAAACACUUCUUGAAAUCGCCAAGCAGAUGCCUGUAACUGCUCAUAAAUUGCGUCGGUUGUUGAAAUCUAAACACCCAUAUGUGGAACGAAAUCUUGGUGUGCUUGUUAGCAUCAUAAGGCAAUCUAUGCAGAAUGCUGUUGCAUUUGAAGCUGCUGCUCAACAACUUAAAAUGGGACGUACACUAAGUACACCAGAACAUAUAGCAUCGAACAAGGGAGCCAAGGUCUUACUUCCUGAGGUUCCAGCAGACUCGAACAAGGGACCUGAUGGGAUAACUGCACAAUAUUCUUCUCCACAACAUAAACAGGAAUUGAUCAACAUUGGAAGCAGUAUCACUGAACUUGACACAGGCAAAAAACAAGGAUUCUCUUUUGAGCCACAUGUGAAUGGUAGCUCAAUGCACGCGAGAGAAAAUCUUGCCAGCUCGUGGGAGAGUGGAGAUGCAAAUGCUUCUACAGUUAUUGCACCUUCUGCAAAGGCAACUGAAGCAACAAUCCUGAUUCUAAAGAAACCGAGCCGUGGCCUUGGAGCACUUCUGGGGAAUGCUUCCAUAAAGAAAAAAGUUGGUAUCGAGAAAAUGGAGAAGGAAGAGAGUAAGUUGGCGCAGAUAAGAUCUUCAGUAAACUUUUCGUUUCACUCAUUUUUGGGAACAGAGGAGCUGUCGAAAACCCCAGCGAUUGAGCCAACUAAACUUCCAGAAGUUCCACAACCCGAGGAUCCUUCUGUUCUGAUAGCUACCGAAUCGUCGACAGUAGAAGAUGUUAUCAUGUUGGAAGAUAAUUCGAAUAAAGAUGAACAAAUUGAUGGCAGCGAUAACAGAGAAGUAACUGAUAGACCUGAGGAAACUUCCAUGACACCUUCCUCUGAAAUCGAGAAAGAAGACGAGACCAUGUCUUUAUCCGAUUUAUCCACAAGCUUCCAACUGUGCUUUGAGUCUAUGAAUCAAAACACAAAAGCGGUUAAAGUGAAGAAAUCAAAAGAACCGAGUGGUCUUUUGCAAAUAAAGUCAUUUGAUUAUGAAGCAGCCAGGAAGGAGGUCAAGUUUGGAGAAGAUGCAGAGGAAGAAUCAGGAAGCCAUACAAACUAUGCAGGUAAGAAGAAAAAAGGUUCAGCAGUUGGGCGACUUGAAAUAGAUGAUGGGUCUAAACAAUUUCCGCAAGCUAGACGGCGACAGGCUUUCCCGGCAUCUGGGAACAGAAGUGCAACUUUCCGGUGAGCCUCCGAUUGCGAAUCCUAACCCCGUAAGACAAAUGUUUAAACAUCUUUGCAUUUAAAAUCUUAAUAGAAAAGAUGAUCUUGUAAGGCUAGUCUGUUUAGGCUUUAGUGAGUAUGCUUAAACAAAGCAACAUGCAGACUAAAAGCAGUACCUAAUAUUGAAAUGGAUUUU